AGAGUUCUCUGCCACCGGGGCGGGCUUCCCAGGGUGCACCGCGCGCUGGGCUCGGUGCCGUGACCCCCCCAAGGUGACUGGAGCUGGAGCCAGGCAGAGGGAUCCCGCCGCCGUCCCCUUAUGCCCUGUGCCAAAUGAAUACUUAAAUGCAGCUGAAACCCUCUGCGACUUCAUCAUGAUUCUCCAACAGCUAUUCAGGUUUUCCUCCAUUUUCCACUCUGCCAUCUCAAUACACUUGCGUAGGAACAUUGGCCUUUCUGCUAUAGUGUUUAAUAAGGCGAAGGAACUUGAUCCAGUUCAGAAGCUCUUUAUAGACAAGAUCAGAGAAUACAACAUGAAGAGCCAGAAAGCUGGUGGUCCAGCUGAUGUAGGCCCUGAAUACCAGAAAAACAUGGCUGAAGAAAUUGCCAAAAUUCAGCGGUUGUAUGGUGGGGGAGACCUGACCAAAUUUCCAGACUUCAAAUUUGAGGAGCCCAACUUUGAAGAGUCUCAAAAAUGAUGUGGUUGGCGUCUGCAUUCCAAGCACUAGUGUCAUCUUUCUCAUGGAGUUGUUAAAUAGGCCAGCAGUUGUAAUUUAAUGUGGGGUUUCACUUUCAAAUACUUGUUUGACUUCUGAACUCAAUACAGUACAAGUACAACAUGAUUCUUGUGAACUGCCAUAUUCAUAAAAUUCACUUUUGGAAAUCAAAUAUAAA